ACCUGUUUCCCUCGCUGCUGCUGCUACCUCCUCUGCGCUGCUCGAGCCCCAGCCGGGCUACCCUCUCGGGAGGGCUUCCCCUCCAGACAUGGAUUUACUCCUGGGACUGGUGCUCGCGUCUUCGCUCUACCUGGAGGCUUCGUCGGAGUUCGAUGGAAGGUGGCCCAGGCAAAUAGUGUCCUCCAUUGGACUAUGCCGCUAUGGCAGUAGGAUUGAUUGCUGCUGGGGCUGGGCUCGCCAGUCAUGGGGACAGUGUCAACCUUUCUACGUCUUAAGGCAGAGAAUAGCCAGGAUAAGGUGCCAACUCAAAGCUAUAUGCCAACCCAGCUGCAAGCACGGUGAAUGUAUAGGACCAAACAAGUGCAAAUGUCAUCCUGGAUACUCAGGGAAAACCUGCAAUCAAGAUGACCACCUCUAUCCAACACCUCUUGACCAGCACAGUGAACAGCCUAACAUCCACCCCCCGGAUCUUCGUGCAACGAAUUUACCUUCAAGGGAUUUAAAUGAAUGCGGUCUGAAGCCCCGGCCCUGCAAGCAUCGUUGUAUGAAUACUUAUGGCAGCUACAAGUGCUACUGUCUGAAUGGGUACAUGCUUAUGGCAGAUGGAUCUUGUUCAAGUGCCCUGUCAUGUUCUAUGGCGAAUUGUCAGUAUGGCUGUGAUGUGAUGAAAGGUGAUGUGCGUUGCCGCUGUCCUUCCCCAGGCUUACGGCUGGGGCCAGAUGGGAGGACCUGUGUGGAUGUGGAUGAAUGUGCAACUGGGAGAGCUUCCUGCCCCAGAUUUAGGCAAUGCGUGAACACCUUUGGAAGCUACAUCUGCAAGUGCCAUAAAGGUUUUGACCUCAUGUAUAUUGGAGGCAAAUACCAGUGUCAUGAUAUAGAUGAAUGCUCUCUUGGUCAGUAUCAGUGCAGCAACUUUGCCCGAUGUUACAACGUAUACGGGUCAUACAAAUGUAAAUGUAGGGAUGGCUACCGGGGAGAUGGCAUAAACUGCAUAUAUAUUCCAAAGGUUAUGAUUGAACCUUCGAAACCAGUUCAUGUAUCAGAAGGAAACAGUACUUUCCCAAAAGGUAGUGGAGGACAUAUUAAUACAAUUCCUGAUAUUGCAAGUACUAGAUGGCCUCUAAGGACACCACACAUUCCCACUGUUCAUACUGAGAGACCUACUCCUAAGCCCCCGAGACCUACACCAAAGCCAACAACACCACUUCCACCAACCACAACUCAACUUACUACUGUCCGGAUGACACCGCCACCAUCAACAGCAGUGACAACACAAAGACCACAGCCCAAACCAUCAACAAUGGCACCUUCAUUGUCAACCAAAAUACCAGUGGAAAGUACUUCUCCAAGAGGAAUGACGGUUGACAACAGAAUACCAACAGAUCCUCAGAAACCCAGAGGAGACGUAUUCAUUCCUCGCCAGCCUGGAGUGAACAAUGACCUGUUUGAAAUAUUUGAAAUUGAACGAGGGAUCAGUGCAGAAGAUGAAGCCAGAGAUGAUCCAGGUGUUCUGAUCCACAGCUGUAACUUUGAUCAUGGUCUUUGUGGAUGGAUCAGGGAAAGAGAUGAUGAUUUACACUGGGAAUCAUCCAGAGAUCCAGCAGGUGGACAGUAUCUGAUCGUCUCAGAACCUAAAGACCUGAGCGGAAAAGCAGCUCGCCUGGUGCUGCCUCUAGGCCACCUCAUGAACUCGGGUGAUUUGUGUUUGUCAUUCAAGCACAAAGUAUCUGGGUUUCACUCUGGUGCACUCCAUGUGUUUAUGAGAAAGCAUGGUACCCACGGAGCGGCCCUGUGGGGGAGAAAUGGCGGCCAUGGCUGGAGGCAAACACAGAUCACCCUGCGGGAUUCAACUAUCAAGAGUGUCAUCUUCAAAGGUGAGAAAAGGUAUGGCUACCCCGGAGAGAUUGGAUUGGAUGAUGUGACCUUGAAAAGAGGCCAGUGCUCUGAAGAACCCUAUCUCCACCAGCCUUGGCAAUAAGCAUCUGUUGGCUCCGUCUCCUCCCUCCCGUCUCCCUUUCCACCAGGCUGAGAAGAGCUGGGUCAGAAGCAAGUGGUGAUCCACUUCUUGUUGGCCCACUUUGUGCAAUUCCCAAUGAAGAGUAAAACUCUCCUUUCUAUAAAGAACCCCCAAUGAUAGCCAUCAGGCAAACCCCCCAGCCCUUCAUCCAUUGUCUUUUCUGGUGCUGCAGUGUAUAUGGGACAAAUCACAUCCUUCAUCCUGGAUCUAAGAUGUCUCUGGAAAUAAAGGAAAAGGAGUACAUCUUGGUGGGGAGUUUUCUAAACAAACAAAUGAAAACAUCCCAUUCAAAAGGGCAUCCUGUUAACUGUCCAUUGUUGUACCAGAUGUAAUAACCAUUUCACAGGUGUUACGGUAUACCUGUGGAAAUUGUUUGUCCUAAAUUAAGUGAGCUCUAGCCUGGACCCAAACUCUGGCUGUCUACUUACUGCCAUUUUUUUUUUUAAGAAAGAAGGAUGUGUACUAUGUCAAAUUACACUUAUUCUUAUGUUGUAUCCAUUUUUUUUUCAAAAAAGACAAUUACAUAGAGUAGCAUUGCAUCCCUUUAAUAUUGGUAGAGUUGUGUUUUCUGUAAAUGUGCUAUUGAUAUUAUAUAUUUAUGUGUUCCUAAUAUUUACAGACUCUAGCUGUAAGGUAAAAACAGCUUGUGAUCUCUUGAGCUUAAAAAGAUGCGUCAUGUGAAAUCUUAUCCUUUUCUGUGACCCUGUGUUGUAGGCCAGAUAUAAAUUGUAAAUAUCAUCUCACUUUGACAGGAUAAGGCACUGGUGUGAGCUAAAUACAUAAUUUUAUAUCAUAAUUGUCUUACCUCUGAUUAAUCUAGACCAGAGGUUCAUAAUGGCAGGCGAUAGGCAGCACCUUACAAAGUCCUAUCACCAUUUUAGACUAAAUGAAUCCCAGUUUAUAUUUACCUCCACACGAUUUUAACUUAAGAAUAAAAAUAGAGCCUCUUAAAGACAAUACUUCCUUAAUAAAUAAUUGGUUUUUUGCCACAGUUUUUUGUGACUUGCAGGCCAUAUUGCUGCUGACAGUACUCCCCAGAAUAGCCUGAAGGAGAUUAAAAUGUAAUUGGAAAAUAUUUCCCAAAAUAAAUCAAUAUACAAUAGAACAUAGAUAGUGUUAACAUGUAGUUUUCUAAGUCAAUAUGCAGCCCACAGGAAUCCUUAAACACAGGUAUGGUGACUGGUUUCUAUUUGAGUUUGGCAUCAGUUACCUAGACAAUUUUUAUUGGAAUCAGGUCCUUCCUUCCCGCUAAGGGCAGCAAACCAUUGCUUUAUAGUACACAAGUAUAUUUCUGGCAUCUUAUAAAUGGAUAAAUCUCUACUUUUGAAUUCAUAGGACCAUAAAUCUAGAAGGCACCUAGGGGUUCAUCUAGUAGUCUAAUUCCCCUUUUUAUAGAUGAAGAAAGUAAGACCCAGAAUGACUCAGAGUCAUAGAUCACAGAUCUAUAGUUGAAAAGGAUCUCAAAGGCCAUCGUCGCAUUUUAUAGAUGAGGAAACUGAGGCACAAGGCAAUUCAAUGAAUUGCCCAAGAUUCCACAAGUAAAUGGCAGAGGCAACAUAUGAACCCAGGUCCUUGGAUUCUAGAACCAAUGCUUUUCCUGCUGUGUCACACUGGCUCUUGAGCACGUCCACAUCCCUCACUGCUUGGAGCCAUAGUUUCAAAGCCAAACAUGGUGACUAACAGCUGUUUGCUGUAGUCCUAUGUCUCUCUCUUGAGGAAUCUCUAAAACUUCUUACCAAGGAGAUGAGAAGGGAAUUUGUUGGACCAGUAUUUAAAGCGUUAAUCAUAUUUUAAUAAUUUUUUAAAAUGUUGACUUGUAAUUUAUAUGCCAGAGUAUCUCAUUAAGAUAUGAAGAAAGUUGGAGGAUAUAUGAGAUAUGGAUUGGCUUACUGUGUACAUUACAGCUCAUAGACAGUCAUUUAACAAGGUCUAUCACCAUUUUAGACUAAAUGAACCCCAAUUUAUAUUUACUUCCAACCUAUUUCUACUUAAGUAUAAAAAUAAAUGCUUCCUAAAGGCAAUAAUACUUUCUUGAUUUUUAUUAUUUAUUUACAUUCAGAUAAUAACAAUAGUUUCUGCAGUCUUGCCAGGAAUCACAAACUCUGGUAGAGGGUUGGGAGAGAAAGGUCUGUGAUGAAAUAUUUAAAGAAUUGAGAUUGGUUAGCGUGGAGAAGAAAAGAUUUUGGGGGCAAAUCGAUGUUGAUUUUUCAGUCUAUGAAGCUCAGUUACACAGAGAAUGAUGACCUUCUGUCGUUUAUAUGCAAUAAAGAUAACAAGAGGAAACAAGUUGAGACAAGAGGGAAUUUCCCAACUGAAAGAAUUGUUAAAUUAGAUGUUUACUGAAGGAAGGGGAACUGGGUGACUUUGUUUCUCCAAAAGUCUUUGAAAACGUGGUAGCUCUUUUGGUCUGAUUGGGAUGUCUAGCCCUAUAUCAAGAUAGAUUAAAAAAAAAAAAAUCAAGUACCUAAAUAAACUCCCCAAACACCUUCUAACCCAACAAUGGCUUUAUUAAGAUCAAACAAUGUGAGUUUGACUAGGGAGCUGCAUCAUAGCUUCUUUGUCCCAAUUUGCUAUUUCCAUAUGUUGAUCUUUGUAGAUUUUCUUGUCCCCAGGGCAGAUGGAAGCCCAUGUCAUCCUCACAUCCUACUAACUAUAGGUCAUAUAAUGGUUGAUUACAGGGAAAUCACAAAUGUUAAAUCUGGAAAGGACCUUGGAGGCCAACAAGUCCAACGCCCUCAUUUUGCCAAUAAGGAAACUGAGGCCGAGAGGGUUUAAGGCACUUGCCCUAGCUCACACAAAUAGUGAAGUGACAAAAGCAAGAUUUGAACUCAGGUCCCUUCCCUCCAAAGACUGUACCAUGCCUGCCAAAUGCCAAGAUCCCAGCAGAUGUCUUUCAUUUCAUGAUAUUCCCUAACACUAUUAGAUAGCUUUCCUUACACAAAAUAAACACUAUAUAGGCUUGUUAUGUGUUUGAUGGUAUAGUAUGAGAGAAUUUCACUUCAUCUUUAAAAAAAAAAAAAAGUACUCUGGCCGGG